AUGUAUGAAUUAAACGAAGAAAAGUUGGAAAGGAUAUCCAACAAAGAUUUAAUUCGAAAAAUAAUAGAGUUACAAUAUUGUGUUAUCAAUUUAUCAGAUAGUAUGGAAAUAUUAAAAAGCAAAAAUAAAUUAUUAGAUGAAGAAAAUGAAUAUUUACAAAAAAAUAUUGAAAAUAUUGUAAAUGAUGUUAAAAAUGAAUCAACAAAUUAUUUGAACAAGACAAACAGAAAUAAAAAUGAUCAUAAUAAAAAUUAUAAUGUGGAUAUAAUAAAUGACGAAUGUAAAAAUAAUAAUAAUAAUAAUAAUUGUGCAGAUCAUAAUGUGAAGGAAAAUAAUUCAAAUAUAUAUACACAUAAUAUUAUGCCCGAUGAACAUAUAAAUGAAAAUAUUUGUUUAAUCUCAAAUAAAAAAAAAAAUAUUAUAACAACUGAACAUACUAUUAUAAAUAAUACAGAUAAUAUCGAAAAAACAAAUGUUAACGUGCAAGAGAAUAUUAAUAAGAAUUAUCAAAAUGAUAAUCAUAAAAAGAAUUAUAAACAUAUAAAUAAAGAUACUACACAACAUAAUCAUUAUAAUUUCCCCACAAAAAAUAAUAGUAAUAAUAUUUAUAAAAAUUCAUAUAUAUAUGAUAAAGAAAUUAUAGAACAAAAUAAUAUACCUACACAAACUAUUCAACAAAAAAAUGCAAACAAUAAUGUUAAAAAUAAUAUCUUAAAUACUUUAAAAGAUACUACAACCAAAAGUAAUAUAUACAAUUUAAUUAUGGAAACAGAUAAAUUAAAUUCCAUAUUUAAUAUGGCUACUAAUGUUUUAAAUAACUCUUUUUUUAAUCUAUCAAAAGAACAUCAUUACAAGAAAAAUAAUAAUCAUCACACACAUCAUAAUUAUAAAAAUAUAAAUUACAAACAAUCUUAUCAAAAGAAAACCAAUCAUAAAAAAUUAAUCAAUUUAAUAAAUCCAAAAAAUAAUCAUAUGAAUAAUGAUAAAUAUAAAAUGGAUGAACAAAAAAAUUAUAUAAACCAGGAUAAUAAAAUUGAUAAAAGAGAAGAUGAUGACAAAAAUAUUAGGAACGAUGAUAUUACAAGAGAGGGAAUAAAAGAGAAAGAUGAGGAAAUUAUCAAAGAGGAAAUAAAAGAGAAAGAUAAGGAAAUUAUCAUAGAUCAAAUAAAAGAGAAAGAUGAGGAAUUUAUCAUAGAUCAAAUAAAAGAGAAAGAUGAGAAAAUUAUCAUAGAUCAAAUAAAAGAGAAAGAUGAGGAAAUUAUCAAAGAGGAAGUAAAAGAGAAAGACAACAACAUUAUAAAAGAAGAAAUUAAAAAGGAAGACAACAACAUUAUAAAAGAGCAAAUGAAAGAAAAAGAUAAGGAAAUUAUCAAAGAUGAAAUAAACAAUAAAGACAACAGCAUUACAAAAAACUAA